UGUUUCAUUCAACCGGACAACAAGGGGAAGCAAAGCAAGUGGUGCCGCUUUAUUACGCCAACACAACCCAUUUAGAAUCAAUCGCAUUCAGUUUCUGUUCUGCUUAUAGAGCCAGAGAGUGAUGGCCACACGGUCUUCUAGAAAGUUCCUCAGACACGUUUUGUCACUGCGCUCAACUCCACUUCAUCGCUUCACGCACUUUUCUUCUUUUUCUUCACCUCCUAAAGUUCCUCACUCUUCCAAGAAGGGAAGAUUGUUGACUGGAGCUACCAUAGGCCUUGUUAUAGCUGGUGGAGCUUAUGUGAGUACUGUGGAUGAAGCUACUUUCUGUGGAUGGUUAUUCUCAGCAACAAAACUUGUCAAUCCUUUUUUUGCUCUCUUAGAUCCAGAGGUUGCCCAUAGACUAGGUGUCUCGGCUGCAGCUCGUGGUUGGGUUCCAAGGGAGAAGAGGCUUGAUCCAUCGAGCUUAGGGCUAGAAGUUUGGGGAAGAAAGUUCUCCAAUCCACUGGGUCUUGCUGCCGGAUUUGAUAAAAAUGCUGAGGCUGUAGAUGGGUUACUCGGUUUGGGCUUUGGCUUUGUAGAGGUUGGUUCUGUUACACCUCUUCCCCAAGAUGGCAAUCCAAAGCCCCGCAUCUUUAGGUUGCGAGAGGAAGGCGCUGUUAUAAAUAGAUGUGGCUUUAAUGGUGAGGGAAUUGUUGCUGUAGCAAGGAGGCUGGGUGCUCAGCAUGGUAAGAGGAAAUUAGAUGAAACUUCAAGCACAACUUCCAAUGAUGAAGUGAAAAAUGGGGGAAAAUCUGGCCCUGGCAUUCUUGGUGUCAAUCUUGGAAAGAACAAGACAAGUGAAGAUGCUGCAGCAGACUAUGUUCAAGGAGUUCAUUCAUUGUCCCAGUAUGCUGAUUACUUGGUGAUUAAUGUUUCAUCACCCAAUACCCCUGGCCUGCGCACACUUCAAGGAAGAAAUCAAUUGAAGGAUCUUGUGAGUAAGGUUCAAGUUGCUCGUGAUGAAAUGCAAUGGGGUGAGGAGGGUCCCCCUCCAUUGCUUGUAAAAAUUGCUCCAGAUUUGUCAAAAGAUGACCUUGAAGAUAUUGCAGCGGUUGCCUUGGCUCUUCACUUGGAUGGACUGAUAAUAUCAAAUACAACCAUUUCAAGACCAGAUUCUGUCAGUAGGAAUCCAGUGGCUGCAGAAACUGGCGGCCUGAGUGGGAAGCCUCUCUUUGAUCUCUCUACCAAUAUCCUGAAGGAGAUGUAUAUCUUGACAAAGGGCAAGAUUCCUUUGAUUGGCUGUGGGGGCAUUAGCUGUGGGGAGGAGGCAUACAAGAAAAUACGAGCUGGAGCAACUCUUGUUCAGCUUUAUACUGCAUUUGCUUAUGGGGGACCUGCACUUAUUCCUCAGAUAAAGGGUGAAUUAGCGGAAUGCUUGGAAAGAGAUGGUUUCAAAUCCGUUCAAGAUGCUGUUGGUGCAGACUUCAGAUGACUUUGAUUCGCACGUGAAUGCUGUGCUGUCAGGGAGAUGCUAUCCGUAUACCAAUGCUCCACUUGAUUUGUUUGGUCUCCUUAUUUAUAAUUAAUAAUACUUACCCGAUUUUAAUUCUCUGUCUUGUUCUAAUACUGGGUUGUGUUUGGCGGUGUAUUCCGCUGUGUCCCUAUUGGAUAAGGAUUGACUAAUUUUACAGGUCAGAUUUUGACCAAAAAACAAGGGCAA